GCACGUGGACUUGUUCGACUGAACUGUAUAUUAGAAAGGACAGAAGCGUGUAGAAACGUGCAGGGACUUACAAUCGCCGAUGGGAUACGAAGCGGGUAGUUGUACUUGACCUUGGCCUCCGUGAAUGGGAUGAACUUCGUGAUAAGCCGCCCUCGCUUUCUGAUAAGCGUUCUGCCUCUGUCCUCGAUAGUUCUGAACGGUGUACGCUCCGGAGAAGAUUCUCGUGUACCUCAGGUAACAUCCGCUCGGUAUCCGCCACUGAAAAUCGAAUUAGAAACACUCGAUUCGUGAUUUCCUUCCCUCUUCCUCUAUAUUUCUAUUUUUCUCAUUUAGGACGAAAAUUGUUCCAGAAGAGAGAAACUCGUGUACACUCACCCCGUAAGCGGAGGAUGGUAUCGGCUGGGGUGGUCUUCCGGGACACAUCAGCAUCCUUCUUCUGAAGUAGUGCGGCUAAAUGGCAGGACAAGUGUAAACAUCGGUUUCAAAUUGGAUUUUAUUGAUUCUAUCACUGUUCAAUCCUUGAUUGUAAUCCUUUUCACUUCGAGGAACGUGUACGUAUGUAUGUGCUCGAGAAAUAAAUCGAGUGAAAUUUCUAUACGAUAAAUAUGCUGGUACAGUGCUGAUUUACUGUUCUGAAGAGUUCAAUGUAAGGAUGAAACAGAGAAAUUUGAAGGACUGCAGAACGUAUUAGUAUUGCUCGAUUUAAAAAUGUUCGAAGGAGAUGACAUUUGUUGUUAGCAGAUCCACCAAUUAAUCACGUUUAAGAGGGAUGUUAAAUUUGACAUUACAACAAAUUUAUAUAAAUUCCACAUUUCAGGGAUUACACGAAGCAAGAGAGCAC